UAUUACAAUGUAUGUUGUCAAAACAAAUUGGAUAACAUAUCUGAAAGUCGAGAAAAUCAAAACCGCACCGUUUUACAAAGCAGCGAAGACAGAACUGAGAGAGAAAAACAACUCAAAUCUUCGUCAAAAUAUUAUUGUAUAGAUCAUGAAGACCUUCCGUAUCCGAGAAUCGGGUCUUCUCGUUUGUUUCUUGUUGUUGCGUCCGCACAUCACUGCAGUACGUGUUCGGUAUCCGACUUGCGUAUUUCUCAAAAAUCUUAGAAACUGCCCAAAAAAUGGCGGAGUAUACUGCACGAGAAUACACCAAUAUGAUUAUUGCGUACGGAACAGCGGGAGAAAACGCUAAUGCAGCGGCUCGUGUUUACGCAGAGAACUUUGUGAUUCGUGAACGAUAUCCCGACAAUAAGACAAUUAUGAGAUGUGUUCAACGUGCCGCAGAAACUGGUAAUCUGUUAUUACAUCGACGAAACGCUGGUGCCCCAGAACAUAUUCGGGUAAACGAUGAGGAGAGAAUUCUGAGAACCUUCGAGGAAAAUCCUCAGAACAGCGUACGCCGUGUGGCUGAGAUGCUGGGUCUCUCGCGAAACGUGGUGCACCGUAUUCUACGCUGA